CAACAAUAAAGUAACAACUCGCGUACAAGGAAAAAAUUCUCUAGAAAUUCUUAUGCAUAUAGCGGAGAAUGUCUAUAUGCAUGCAUGCAUUCAUUCGAGAAUUAUUGUGUAACCGGUAUUUUUUAUUACGGCCAACGUUCUAUGUAUACCUAUGCGAGAGAAAAAAAAAUAAGCAUAUAUACAGUUAAGUCAAUAGAUUUAUCUUUUAGCCGAUAAAGUAGUAAGUACCUGAACAACAACUAGCUUGGUUCUUAUUAAAUUUUUUAUAUCUACUUAUUCCGGUGUUAUUAACCAAAGAGUGUGGUUUAGUGUUAGUGUCGUUAAGUGCCGUUUGCUGACCAGAGGUGUAUUAUAUACUGUACCAUGACUGUACCUACGUAGUUUCCUAGCCGCUAUUUAAUGAAUAUUAAAAUGUUUCUAUAAUGAGUAGACGUGAAAGUGGACUGUUAUUUACCUCUUCGCGCAACUUUUUUUAGGGAACAAUAUCCGACGAAGGUUGACGCACGUUUCAAGAAUUCUACGCGAGUGUAAUACUUGUUUAUUGUGUAAUUGUUUGCCGUUUUAUUAUUGAUUAAAUAUUAACUUCUUACUCUGGUGAAAAUACACGCGUAUGUUACACUAUUCAGGAGCUACAAAUGCCCGACGCACUAAUGCCGAACCCUGUAUAAAAAUGCCCAGUACUUUCUACAAAUUUUAACGUAGUAAAACUGAUUUUACUUGCGUAUUCUGGUUAUAUUUGUUAGGAUAAAAAACCUCCUCCAACAAGAUGUCUACUCUUUUAAAACCCACCAUUGUCAUCGACAUGGGUUCUGGCGAAACCAAGGCGGGCCUAGCUGAAAACGAAUACCCCUCUUGUACCAUACCUACGGCCCUAUCCAGUUGCGACGACACCUAUAAUUUUGGAGAAGAAGCUUUAGAGCGAGAUAGAUUCACGUAUCCAAUUCAACACGGAAUCGUCCAGAACUUCGAUUACGUCGAAAAACUCUUUGAACACAUUUUAGUCUCGCAACUGCGAGUUAGUCCUGCAGAACAUCCUGUGUUGUUGAACCAGUGUCCCAAAAAUCCACAACGCGACAAGGAGAAACUUGCCGAGUUGAUGUUCGAGAAAUUUGAUGUUCCUGCAGUGUACGAAGAAAUCAAUUCAGUGUUGACGUUUUAUUCAUCAGGUCGUCCUGCAGGUCUUAUAGUUGAGAGUGGUCAUGGAGUGACUAGCGUUGUUCCUAUUUUGAGUGGAUAUGCCAUUUCCGAAGCUAUAAUGAGACUAGAUGUUGGAGGUGGAGAUUUAGAUAAAUAUUUGGUAAAACUACUUUCAGAAAAGGGUUAUGAAAAUAUAAGGCCAGAAGAAGCUCAGAAAAUUAAAGAAAAUCUGUGUUUCAUACCUGAGAAGGAUAGAGAAUACCAUGAUGUAGAAAAUUAUCUUUUACCUGAUGGAAGAGAUUUGGUAUUAGAAAAAGAAAAAUAUCAUUGUACAGAUCCUUUAUUUAAUCCUGCAUUAGUUGAACAGUAUGACACUCCAGGAAUUCAUGAAAUGGUUUUUCAAUCCAUAUUUAAAUGCGGACUCGACUUAAGGAGGGAUUUUGCUAACAACAUUAUCCUUUCUGGAGGUAACACCUUAUUUAAUGGGUUUGAAAACAGACUGAAAUUAGAAGUUGAGGCAAAAGUACCUGCCAGCAUGAAGGUCGAUGUUAUUGCGGAUAAAGACAGAAAAGUGUUUGUGUGGAGAGGUGGUUCAAUUUUAGGAUCAUUAAGCACCUUCUAUAAAAAUAUUUGUAUAACAAAGGGUGAAUAUGAAGAAUAUGGAAUGUCUGCAGUUAGAAAAAGAUGUAACCGCGGCAUAUAAUAUUCUAGUAUACAGGGUGGUCCGAAUUGUAAUCCGAAAACUUCGGCAGCAUAUUCUGCAGAUAAAAAUA